AUGACCGAUUCACCAUCUCCCGACCAAUUCCUCAAACUUUUCCAAUUUACCAAGAAAAAUUACCGAGAAGUUUAUCCAGCUCUAAAAGCCGCAGUCGUCGAUUCUCAGGUUGGCAAAACCGUCAUCGUCACUGGAGCUAGUCAAGGAAUCGGAAAGGCUAUAGCACUAGAAUUUGCUAAAGCCUCUGCAUCAAACAUCGUCCUCGCCAGCCGUAGCAUUGCAAAGCUUGAAGCGACCAAAGCCGAGAUCCUUGAGGUGAACAACAAAGCCAACGUUCUCGUCCUGAGCAUCGACAUAACGUCCGAGGCGGACAUCCAAAAACUCGAACAAGCCGUGAAAGAUAAUUUUGGACACGCCGACGUUCUCGUUAAUAACUCUGGACAAUGGGGUGGGAGGGGAAACAUCGAGGAAUUGAAUGUCAAAGCGUGGUGGAGCGACUUUGAAUUAAACGUCAAAGGCACUUACCUAGCUACGCAAGUCUACCUCCGCCUCCUUCCGAAAUCACAACACGGCUCGGUAAUCACUGUCGGCUCCAUAUCCUCAGAUAUGGUCAACCCAGGCAUCAGCAGCUACGGGCUCACCAAACUCGCGUUGAACCGGUUUAAUGAGUUUGUAUCGUUGGAGAACCCGAAUGUUAGGGCGGUGGUGUAUCACCCCGGAACAGUGUUGACACCGAUUAUGGACGACUUGCCGCAUUUUAAGCCUUUUGCAUUGGAUACGCCGGAACUUGCUGGUGCCUUCGCAGUAUACUUGACUACAGAACGGGCGGAAUAUUUGAACGGGAGAUUCGUGUCAGUAAAUUGGGACAUCGAAGAGCUAGAGGCCAGAAAAGAUGAGAUCGUAUUGAAAGGUUUAAUGAGGGAGGGGUUGAAGGGUGUGUUUAGUGCGUAG